CUCGUUCUGCACCUGGCGAUCAAGUACUAUCCGACGAUUUGGACAGCACCGCCUUGACAGGUGGCAUGUUGCUGUACACGUUCAGUCGAGCACGGAUCGAAUUCGGCGACUGGGCCAAGACUCUCGAUGUGGACUCAAACCGCCGUCUCUUGAUUCCAUUUGCCCUUUCCAUGCCUUUCGACAACGGGAUCGAGGCGUGUAGGUUAUUAUGACAGCGUUUAGAUGACCUACCUAUACCUCAUCCCCCACAAAUCGAAGCCGUGAAGGAAAUGGGCAACGCCUUGGUCGCGGUUUUGUCGAAUCAUCAGUAUCCACUUUCAAAAGCGUCCGAAGCCUCUUCUCUGCCAUCUGGUAAUUCGUUGCAACAUGACGACUCAGUCGGCACCACUAUCAACUCAAUAGGUUGCAUGGUGCUGGACACGUUUAUUCAAGCACAGACAGACGACGACGACGACAAUCAGGCCCUCCAUUCGGACUCUGACUAUCGCAUGUUAGCCGGACUGAUCCGCGCUAUGCCUCUCGCCCAUGGAACCAAGGCCUGCAUGAGGUUAUUCCAGCAUUUACACAACGAUCAACUGUCCACGAAAAAAAGAAGAGCCACAUUGGAUGUUGUACAAAACAUUUAUGUGACCCUCGACUUCCUCGCGGAGGAUAGCGGUUACUCGCCGCGCCCCGGGAUGCAGGACACGAGAACACACGACUGUGCACCGCACACCGAGCUAUAUCGUCUGCGCGACGUUCAAGACUGGGAAUACAUGCAGACUGCACUCACGACGGUAUACGCAUGCCGUGACUCUGUGUCCACCAUUGAAAUCGCGACGACUGUUUUGGCCACAUGCAUAUUGUCCGUCAAGAAGGAGCACACAUUGCCAUCCGAGCCGUUGAGGGGAGCUUACCUGGCCGACAUGCUCCAACAAUUCGACAAGCACUUGGCCACCCUCCGCCGCAAGGAGAUGCAAGACACUGUGAAACAACUCCCUUUUGCGGCCGUUUACAGACUCGAUUGGGUGUUGGCUUACAUCACCUAUGACAUCUAUUGGUCUUUAGAUUCGCCCGAGAUUCGCCGGAACGCCAUGAAAUCCGCAAAUAGCAUUGUGCGGCGACUCCAAUGGCUGCUGGAGUGCAACGAGUGGAUGUCGCCUGGGACGGUCACGGUCCAAGAGCUGCCUGUCCUCGUCGACUUGCAAGAGUACGUGGAUUCGGCACAAUGGCGCCUGAGACGAGUUCGCAUAGACCCCGAACUUGAAAGAUGUACAGAAUGGCUCGAAUGCACUGCCGAUGAGCCCCAAGGCCAAGGCGAUCGACGCGUCGACUCCCCGCACGCGGCUGACCCAGCGCCUACAUCGGAAGCUGUGGACGAGCAGGACACACCGGAACAGCGAACGGACAGUCCGAUACGAUCUAUAGUGCAAUUCGUAUUGAGACGGACUGCCGUGCAGGAACCCGAUGUUGAGAUGCGAGCCGUGGAUACCAGCCCGAGCGCAGCACCAGAUGUGCCCGGUACGACGGACACCGCACCUCCAGCUGCCAGCAGGGCACCGCUGGUGACCGCGACGACGCUCGGCGAACAGCCGCAGGAGCAGUUCGCGGCCCAGACCGGAUUAGCGCAGUCCCUAGACUACAUCACCCCGCAAGCAGACGACUCGGAAGUCUCACGCGGAGUAGCUGAGCAUGGCGCGGACGCGGACGAAGGUCGUAAGGGCGGAUUCACAGGCACGACCGAGCACGCGGAUGAACAUCGAGGCAGCAACGCGCGUCCGAGUCAGGAGGGACUAGCUGCACCGGGCGACUCGCAUUCCGAGUCGGCCAGCCACAACGCAAACAGCGGCUGAUGAGGAAGAGGGAGGAUGGUGGCAUCCACGGCGGACGUGCGGACAGUUUGGACCGUUUACGAGCCGUGACGGAUGAUAGACG